UUUUUCGGUAGGUAGCUAUCGAUAGGCAACAGCUGUUGUGCAACUGUGUGUGCGUGAACUUGAAUUCGGCGACAAACAGAAUUCUGGUGAAAUAUCUUGAACCGUCUGUCCCGACAUACAGCAAUCUCGUCAGCAAUGGGCAGCAGCACAUCCAAGGUAGUCGAAGUCGCUCAAGCCGCUGCAUCAGAACCCGUCGCCGCAGCUGGUGGCGCUUCCGGUGCCAAACCAAAGUGCAAGGCAUGCUGCGCCUGUCCCGAGACCAAGCGGGCACGUGACCAGUGCAUGGUCGAGCGCGGCGAGGAGAACUGCACGGCACUGAUAGAGGCGCAUAAGAAGUGCAUGCGCGACUCUGGCUUCAACAUCUAAACAACUUGGACGCCCCAGUCCUAGUCGCCCCUACCCUCCCCGUGUUUGUUUCUGUUGUUUCUCAUGAUAAUUAUUAUAGUCUAAUUUAAUUGAAAGCCAAA